GACGAGGUUCCGAAAUAAAGAUAUAUGACGGUACGCGUUGAUGCACCCGAGAAACGUCGAGGCAUAUUGCAUUCGAAACCUACCAUGUUUUUCUUGAAAACGACAUCUGCUCCCGCUGGAGAUGUGAGAGAAGAAUCAUCGUUUGAUUCCGAGUCGAGUUUACCCUUUACGGCUCUCGCUGUAAAAGAUGUAAUUUAUAAAGGAGAAGGAAACGCCAAUAUCGUUGUCACCCUACCACACGAGCGCACGGUAAUACGAUUUCGGAAGUCGUUACCAGACGAGGUUUCACCGGAUAGUAGUAAAAUACGCGUGCAACGGGAGGUGGGAUACACCAGGAACGUGGUUUCCUAUUUUUUGGGCUCUUACCUGCAGAUCCCCGAAAUUGUUCGUUACGAUGCGGCCGAUAUAGCCAAAUUGUCGGACGCCGUCCAUCCUCUUCGACCAGCGGCAUCGGUGGUCAACGGCAACCCUCCCUCCCGACGACCUAUCGCCACUCCUCAUGCAGGUGGCCGAGGAGGUGGAGGAAUUCCUCCACAGUGCCCACCUGCAUGUGGUGCAUUAGCACCUGGUCAAUCGGGGGAGGAUUUGCCUCACCGACGACGCGCACCUCCUCGAUGA